AUGGAGAGGCAACAGCAAAGGAAGGAGGAAGCAUGGGUGAUAUGGAAUAUCAGCAUGUGCCCGAUUCCGGAUGGUGUUGAUCCUAGUGUGAUGGGUACGACAAUACAAAAGGCGUUGGAAAGUGCAGGCCACGUCCGCCGCUAUGAUCAGAUCUCCAUCACCGCCUUUGGCAACAACCUGAUAAAAAAAGAAAGACGUCACGAGGAAGCUCUAUUCUACUGGAAAAAUCUCUCUUAUGCAUGGCACCAAUUUACCCACCCAUCUCAAAAAGGACAUGCAUAUUCUGAGUGGAACCACUCUUGUGAUGAUAGUGUGGACUGGCUGAACCUUGCUAACUUGCACCUUGGUCGAUCACAGGAGUGGGACCUUAGGGCGGCUCGAGAUUUCUUUAUCCGUUUAUCGUUCAAGUACGGGGAGAACCCCGACCCUGUUGAUCUGAAAAAUCAGAAUAAGGAGUUGGACAUUCUGGCGGCUCGAAAUUUGCUUACCCAUAUAAGGGAAAAGUACGGCCUCAAACUCGACCACCUUUUGACCUACUGUUUUGAAGACAUAUCUGAUGAAGAAGAAGGAUAAGCUUGGCGAAGAAGCGGCGAGGAGGGUGUUGCAGUUUUCAUAUGGUUUAUUUACUGGUUUUAUGUAAUUAAUCAAACUUACUUACUACUUUGUUAUCUUUUGGGGGUGGGGCUAACGUGUGUUUUUUUUUCAAAUUUUC